ACUAAAAAGAGGUGGCAAUCUAAUUGUUAAGGUAGUUCCUAAUACCCAACGCAAAACAUUAGAAAAAGUAAUCAGAGAAAAUAUUAAAGAGGGAAGCACUGUUAAUACUGAUGAAUACAAGGCUUAUAACAACUUACAUAAAUGGUUUAAGCAUCGGCGGAUUAAUCAUAGUGCCAAACAAUACGCGAAAGGGGAUACUUCGGUCAAUGCUAUUGAGAGUUUUUGA